AUUCUCUUAUUAAAAUCAGAUUUUUAAACCUAACCUUAUGUCUAACCUUAAAUGAACACAAAAAAUAUCAUGUUUGUUUUCAUAUAUUUUUACGAUGGCCAAUGAUGACAUUGUGGGUGUGAUAACUAAUGACAAGCCAACUAGUCAGCCAUGUUAUUUUAUACUUAAACGACAGUGGUCAGCCACCUCGGUAGCUUGCUAGCUGAAACAUUGAAGCUCUAGACUCGUUCAUGUAUAUUAUCCACUGUGACAUACUUCUGUCGUCUAGCUAGUUAUCCCAUUUAAUUUCAUAUUUACGUUGUUGUAAUUAGUCAGCUAACGUAGCUAGCUGGCUGGUUAAGUUAGCACUAGCCUAGCUAGCUAACUGUUAGCUAACACCCCCGACCAUGAGUUCACUAGGCUACUCUCCUCCUGCUAAAGAAGAGGUCUACUGGACGGAGAAAGAGGGUCUGUGGCUGAACGUUGUCGUGAAAGAAGAGGAGGAAGAGGAGGAUGUCACAGUAACAAAAGAAGAUGAAGAUGUUGCAGUGAAAGAGGAAGAGGACGAGAAAGAGGAGGAUACAGAUUUUGGAGAGGAGGGAGAGAUAACUGGUAUAUUGGAAGAAGAAGAAGAAGAAGAGGAGGAGGAGGAGGAUCUGAUUAACACCAGGUCUUGACCUGACUGCAGGUUCGGCGUCGUAACCGACUUCAUUGGACAAAUGGUCACCUUCGAUGGCCACUGGCCUGCUGGAGAGGUGUGCUCUUCACGUGGACAAAUGGUCACCUUCAAUGGCCACUGGCCUGCUGGAGAGGUGUGCUCUUCACGUGGACAAAUGGUCACCUUCAAUGGCCACUGGCCUGCUGGAGAGGUGUGCUCCUCACGUGGACAAAUGGUCACCUUCGAUGUCCACUGGCCUGCUGGAGAGGUGUGCUCCUCACCAGGGAUGCGUACCAGUAUGGCGUUGGGUGGGCCAGUGGUUUGCUGAUGUCACGUUGUUAACAGAGUUUCCCAUGGUGGCAGUGGGGUUAUGGUAUGGGCAGGCAUAACCUACGGA